CAAGAAACUUGGCUCGUGAGUAAGCUGGUUGUUUUGGUUAACUAACUAUUAACUACCCCGCCAGCGCCGAAACACUCCUCGCCAAUACAACAAACACGAAACGAAGUGAUCUCUCUCUCACUCUAUCUCUCUCUGACCUCGAUUCGCUCCCAGAUACACUCAUCGACUGCUUGCUUCCCGUUUGCGCGCAUACAGCUGCGGCACAGUAGACAUGUCCAACUACAGCAAGGCCUGCUGCUCUAUCCCACCAGUGAUCUCGUCCGGGUACGAGACCAAGGGCAAAUACAUCACCCUCAAUGGAAUGAAGACCUAUGUCACCGGUCCCGAAUCUGCCCAGGAAGCCAUCCUCGUCGUCUACGACAUCUUCGGCUUCUUUCCCCAGACCCUCCAAGGCGCAGAUAUCGUCUCCACAUCCGACCCAGACCGCAAGUACCGCGUCUUCAUGCCCGAUUUCUUCGAUGGCUCCCCAGCCAAUAUCUCCUGGUACCCUCCCCAGACCGAGGAGCACCAGCAAAACUUGAGUCAAUUCUUCCAGACCAAGGCUCCACCGCCAAACACCCUCCCCCGCAUCCCCGGUGUCCUCGAGGAAGCUAAUAAGCUCGCCCCCGGCGGCGCAGGCUUCAAAUCCUGGGGCAUGAUGGGCUACUGCUGGGGCGGGAAGAUCACCUCUCUCGCCGCCGGCCGGGAUUCUCUCUUCAGGGCCGCCGUGCAGUGUCAUCCUGCCAUGGUGGAUCCCAAGGACGCAGAGAGCGUGACUAUCCCCAUGGCUCUUCUGGCGUCCAUGGACGAAGAGGUCGACGUCAUCGAGCAGUACAAGAAGAACCUGAAGGUGCCGAAUCUCGUCCAGACCUGGCCGACGCAGAUCCACGGAUGGAUGGCGGCGAGAGGAGAUCUAGCGAACCCGGAAGUCAAGAAGGAAUAUGAGAAUGGGUACAAGACCGUCUUGGCCUUUUUCCAUGAACACAUGUAAGGAACAAAC